UCUACAUUUGACAAAGUUUGGAACAUCGAACCCGUUAAGUUUGCUAUUGUGACUAAAAAUGGUGCGAAAUUUGAAGACUUAGACAUAGAAGGUUUGUUAGCAGUCAAAGAAAAUUUUGACAGAAGGUUCUCAAACCUUAAAGAAGGCAAAGCAUACAAACUUGUUAUACCUUAUGAACCAAAGAAAGCAGACGACUAUGAAUAUUAUGAGUCUAAGAUAGUUGAAGUUCAAGGUAAAUUGGGUAAAAAGAUUUUAGAGUCUAAGCCAGUGUUUGCUCCUAAAGAGGAAGAGAACAUUGACAUUGACCCAGAAAUGUUCUAA